UGGCAACAAAGUGCAAUUAUCGUAACACGGUUGCGUCCUACAGAAAUUUUUACAAACAAUUCUGUUUUUUUACCGAUUUAAGACCAGUUUUAAUCUUAAUAGACGACUCAGUGUUUUCUCCUGUUAUUUUCACCGACAUAAGUCAAUUUUAUCCGCGAUGGCCUCAGAAGUUCGAGACGAUCUUCACCUGACAUCGACAGGAAAAGGACAUUACUAUAGGUCUCCACACGGUUUCCCACCUCAAGGAUUCCGCGUAAGUUUUUCUCUGAUUUUUCUCUGAUGAGUUUUCUAUAUCUUCAGUUUGAAUGUCAUCUCAUAUCAUAACCACAUCGUAUCAUGACUUGAAUCAUUCUUUGGCUUGAAGUCUUUUAUGUACGAUUUUACUUGUAAACAUUUGUGUUUAGUUAUGUCGAUCCACUUCAUUCCCGGUUUGAAUCUGCAUGUACUGUGAAUAUACGAAAUCAUGUCCAUGAUAGGCCGAUGUAUAACAAAAAUUAACUGCUUGAGAUCAGAACGAUUCAUUAGAGCGGUCUUAGGAUGCAUGCUUCCGUCUCUUUACAUUCCCAUCCCUUACCUUACCUCCCCUCCCCCCCCUCCCCUCCAAGAUCUCGGUUCUAUCGUUUCUCCCUCCUCACUGUCUUCCAUACGUUUCUUUUAUUCUUAGCUCUGAGAAUUUGGUGUUAAAUCGAAAUAAAUCUCAUAGUUGAUGGACAUCCCCCCAUCACUCUUUUGCUUAACCCUUUUAAACUCCUAGAAGUGAUUGACUUGUAACUUCUCCCCAUAAUAUCCAUACAUUAUCCAGAGAAAAGAUAAUGAGAAUACUCAGACUUAUCAGGUUGAAGUUGUCAUCUUGAUCUAACACCAAAUUCUUGUAACUAAUUCGCAAGGAAAUGUUUAGCAGCCAGUGGGUAGAAUUAACAAUCAGAUCUUAGGAGUUAUAUAAAAGGUUAAGAAUGAGGCAGACACUCCUGGGAGAGAAAAGAUGAAAAGCAAAUAUAUGUUUGGUCUAAUUUAAUGAGAGUCUCCUACACCCCUUGGUUAAACUCAGUUAUUUUAAAAUAAUGGGCCUUUUCAUGCAUCAUCAUCAUCAUCAUUAAUUCAAUGUAAUUGCCUCACACAAAAUUUGAGGCAAUCACAUUGAAUUAAUAAUUUACUUUUUCUAAGCUCAACAGGUUUACAUGACAUUAAGAUGAUGUGAUGUCUUAUCUCAUUUGUUCAAGAACUACCAGUGUUCAAUUUUAAUGACAUAGUUUAUCCAUGUGGAGUCCAUCUCUGGUGGAAACCCUCGUCAAAACUUAAUCAUAGCUAGCAGUUCAUGAACAAUAUACUUUUACAUUUUCAAAAUUACAAAAUAGCCACAUAACUGCCAUAAGCCAUAAAACUGGUCACAUGGAUGUAAAAAGAUCUUAACAUGGUUAAGUAUCGUUCAUUUAUGUAACAAAAAUCAAAUCACAAUUCACAACAAAAAAAUGGCCCUAUCACACUUAAUGUAAAAAGCAUAAGGGGACCCUCUUUAUUGACUUUGAAACAUCAUUUCUCCAUGAGAGGAAGAGUACUUCCAAAGUAACUCACUCUGUUUUUUUAUCUUUUAACACUGAAAAUAUUAUUUUAUGGUUAAAUAUCAAGCUUUAAUUUCUUGAAUAUCUUGUAAGGAAAAUUCAUCUGAAUAUUAUUUCUUCCCUUGCAUCUCAGAGAACUGUUUAUGAUGUGUUACCACCUGUCCUUACAAACCCAGAUUACGUUACUGAUAGGGAAAACUUUCAAACAACCACUGGUACAACUCAUGACUACAAGGCACAUGGUGGAACUCUGAGUAACUCACAGUUCAAGAAGGCUCCAGGAUCAUGGAAAGUUCAUUAUGUAGAAGAUAAUAUUGGAAAGGUGAUUAAUUAAUGUGUUAAAAAUUAAGUGUUAAAAUCUCUUUCCUGAUGUGGACAUUUUCCACAUACUUUUGUCAUGUGAUUUAUAGAAUUGUUAGUUAGUUGUUUUUCAGUUUUUGUUCCCGCAAAUUUGUUACCUCUUUUUGGUGAAUUUUAAGAAGUUUCAGAGUUUUUGUUUCAGCCAAAUGCUGUGGUUCAUUUAACAAAUGUAAUACAUUCUUUUAAAGUUAGCAGUAUCUAUGCAGCUCAAAUCACAGCAUUGCAUAUUUUAAUUGCAUUAUAUCAUAUAUUUUUCUUGAAUAGUUGAGUGUGAAGCCCUGGAGAAGACCUCUGACAAUGGGAAACCAGUGCAGUGAAAUGAUGUCCCAGUACACAGGGAGACCAGGAGUUAAUCUUGACACUGUUUAUAAUGCAGGGAUACAACCAUUUAACCUUGCUGAUCACCACAGGGAGGGAAACAGUAAGGUAUUGGCACUUUUUUUUAUUGUUUUUGUUCUGAAUACAGUUUUUGCAGUUAAGUGAUCAAAUAUCUGUUUUAAUUAUUAAACUGAAUAAAAAACAAAAUCAUCAUAAUCCUGAAUCUCAUCAAAUUAGAACUCCUAGUGUAUCUAUGUUCAAAUAUGUACACAAACAUGUAUCCAUAAAGCAAUGGAGUCCUUAGAAAGUUCUAAGAUAGCAAGACUCUUUGUUGAUUAUUGCCAAAUUUUUUUAUUUCUUUUAUAAAUUAUUCCAAAUUUAAGUUUUUUAAAUUUUGUUUAUUAUUUAAGACAUUAUGCCCUGUGAAAAUGUAUAUAUACUGGUUUUUGAUAAAUGAAUAUUUCUGUUUAAAGGAUCUGGUACCAUCAACAAUAAACAGAGGGAUAACAGGGCAGAAGUUUUACCCCAGGGACAGAGGUGUACUGACUUACCACAUGGAUCCUUAUCUUACUACAACACAGAGAGAUCACAGAGCAUUCACUAAGUAAGCAAAAUUUGAUUGUUUACCAAGCCUAUAUGAAUAAUAUGAGAUGGCUAUUUGUCGAUGAUAUGUAUGUUGCAGUCUAAUCUAAAUUGUAUUACAGUCAGUACAUUAAAAAAAAUAAUAGGCCAUUUUACAGUUGUGUACUUAGUUGCCAAGCCUUUGAUUUGGAGUGAGGCUGAAGGUGACCUUGUUGUGAUAGAGACCAGUAUCUAGUUAGCAUGAUAUCAAGGUAAUUUGCUUUUGAAAAGCAGCAAGGUUUGUAUCAUACAAGGUCACCCUUAGCCUCAUUCCUGUUCAAAGGCUUGGCAACCAAGCACACAACUGUAAAAUGGAUUAUUAAGUGGGAGACAUAUAGUGGCAUUAUUUUGGGGGUGCUGGACCUCAACAGAUUUCAAAGGUUCUAAAGUGGGGUUGCUUUUUGUGUUCUUUCAUGUUAGCAAGGAGAAUUCGUGGAAAACAUUGGAGUUUCAGCCUAAUUUCUUAGCUAUAACCCUGAAUACCCUCCUCAAUCUUGGAAAUUUGACCUAAAGCUGGGCUCCAGGAUGAGAUCUUUUGAUUUUUUGCAAGGAGUGAAGGGACCAAAUCACAUCUACAUGUGUGCUCCAUAUGGCCAUCUUGGCCAUUUUGCAGUAUACUGUCAAGACACUUGAUUAUUUGAACCAGGUUAAAGCCCCAUGAGUUGUAUGAGCUUCUUGGCUUAUGAGCAGUCUUAGGCAUUUUUAUGGCAUUAAAAGUAACAGCUACCUUCUGACAUGUCUUUUUUCUUCCUCAAAACAGGCAUGAAUUGGGACGUUACCCAGCCAAAGAUUAUGCAACUUAUUGGGAAUGCGAAGAGUACACAAAAGCCUGGGGUCAUGGCUCAAAAGAAAAUCCUCAACCCCUAAAUUCAGUCCCCAGAGAAAAAGGACCCAUGAGGGACCGUAUCUGGUUCAGAGAACCAACCACUAUCCCCAGGCUACCAAAGUCACUGGAGCCUGUACCAAAUAAGUAAGAUAGGAGCUGAAAUGUACAGCAAUUAAGUGAAAUAGUUAAUAUUUUGAUUAUCUAUUAAUAAUCCUCAAGGCCAAGUUGAGAGAUGUAAUGAGCAAUAUUCACAAAGUCAAGAGGAAGUUGUCAGAGCAAAUGCCUUUUAUUUUAUUCUUUCCAGAAAAAAGGAUGCAGAGGCCAGUGUGCUUCUUUAAGUGUUGUGAUAACCUUGCCUAUGGUGAUGGUGAUCACUAUAGAGAGUUAAAAAGAUAGGAUCAAUAUCAGUAUCUGGGCAACUGCCCACCUACCCCUCCCCUAACCCAACAUUAACCUUGACUUGUUGUCAAUUGACUAUUGUUGAAUUAGGGGAGGGGUAGGUGGGUAUUUGCCAUGCAGAUACUGAUAUUGAUCUAAAAGAUAUUGAGCAAGAAGAUCAAGUGUGGCUGAAAUUACCUGAGGAACAAAAUACAUGCAAAAAUUUUAAAACUUGUUAGCUUGAAUAUUGUCAAUAAUUUCAAACAGUGCAGAAUGAAGGAAAAAAAAGUUGGAAUCUUGUGAACUGAUCAAAUGAUAUUUCCCUGCAGUUUUGAAUGAAUGAGCACUUAGAAAAUUUUCAAACCUACAAGUGCAUUGUUUUCUGCUGACACUCUGCCAAUGUUUUGGAAAUCAACAGUCCUGACUACUAGCCAGUGUGUUAAAUUGAGGAAUGUUUUUGUUCCAUCUCUAGGGGAAUGAAGACACUGAUGAGUGAGUCCUACACCAUGCCUCCUGAGAGGAAAAGAUGGGAAUUAUUUACCUUAAAUGUACCAAAACCUUGGCAUGCACCUCUUGAAAGUAAGGAGUUAAAUUUUUUUGUCGUUCACAUUAUUACUAACUUUUUAGUUUUUGUUUAUCUUAAGGAGGAUGGUCCAAAACGUUCCUCUUUGCUUUUGGUCUUGUUGUUGUUGUUUUUUUAAAGGAAGAGCACAUGAAUGCAAGAACCUUGUCUCACAUUUAUUCUUUAUCAUUUUCUCAGGCCCAGGCCCUGGAGAGACGUUCCGAGUUCCACGGAUGUACAACACUGAAUACCAAUUCUAUGGCAGUGAAAAACCAGUCACAAUAUGAGGAAAUAUCAUGCACUUUUAAGAAUUUUCUUAAAACAUCACAUUUGAUAAGCAUUCUAUAAUAUUACUCUUAAACUAUUUUUUUCUUUCAAAAAUGUGAGAGAAUGGAAUGUUAUAUAAUUCUGGAACAAUCUUAAACAACAUACAUGAAGUUUUAGCUUCUUUUCUUGAACUGAACAGCAUUCAAUAAGGUAAACAUUCAAACGAACAUGGUCUUUCCAAAACAAGAUGGUUGUUUGCCUUGAUAUCUCUUGUGGAUUGUUCUUUAUUGCAUUAUGUGUAGAACAAUAUUUAAUCAUUCUUUUAUUGCAAAAUAAUUUCAAACAAAAGGAAAACAGUAUAACUUAGAUUGAUUAAGAAGGCUUUGUUGUGUAGUAUCUCAUCUUGUAUUAAUCAGUAGUAAUCUUCUCUAUGCUUCUUGGUCAGAAAUCUCAUUGGACAGUGUGUACCUCAAAGUGGUCACUUGGUAAAUAACAGUUUAUUUUAUAACCAAGCUUAUAUGUAGUUCAGUAAAAAGGAAUUAUGUUUUGUAAAUAUUUACAAGGAGAGGAGAAGAAAUAAAAAAUUCAAAGUAACA